GGCGGAGCCGCGCUCGAUAAAAGGGCGCCGGGGAGCUCUGCACCAUCAGGUUUCCCUGUCACACGCCCUCCGGAGGCUGCCGCCUGCAAGUAGCCCGAGAGCAGCAGCAGCAGCAACAGCGGCGUGACAGUCCGAGGAGACAGCGACGGGGCUUGGGAGCUAGAAGGCGGCGGGAAGAGACCAGGUGAAGCAGCCCCCUUCCCGCGCACCCUCCGCCCCGCAGGGCUCCCCGGGACUCUCUGCGUGCGCCCCCCCUUCUCGAGCGCUUCCAAUGAGCGCCGCAGCCCUGGACAGCCUGGACUCGCUGUCCUGCUACCGGACCUGGUCGCUGGAGCCCGCCAAUUUCUACGAGGCGAAGGUGGGCGAAGGCGGCAGGCUGACCGCGUCAUGCAAGGUGAGCGCCGUGGAGGAGCCGGGCGGCAUGCCCUCGGGGCCGGGCAGCGGCAGCCGCGACCUGGCCGAACUCAGCGCCGCCGCCUCGGCCAUGUACGAGGACGAGAGCGCCAUUGACUUCAGCUCCUACAUCGACUCCAUGGCGGCCGUGCCCAACUUGGAGCUGUGCAACGACGAACUCUUCGCCGACCUCUUCAACAGCAACCACAAGGGCGGCGGCGGCGGCGGCGCAAACUACGGGGACUACCUGCCGCCGGCCCCGCAGCAGCCCCAGGCGCCCUCGGCGGGCGGCGCCUUGGCCAGCCUGCUGCACGCCGGCCUCCCCCAGGGCCCGUUGCGGGGCGCCGUCAAGCAGGAGCCCAGCUGGGGCGAAGAGGCCUCGGCGUCGCCCUCCUCGCUGCUGCCGUCGCAGAUCGCCACCUGCGCCCAGACCGUGGUGAACCUGAGCGGCCAGCCCACGCCGCCCACCUCCCCGGAGCCCGCGGGCAGCGCCUCGCCGUCCAGCUGCAGCAGCCGCUCGUCGUCGUCGUCGUCGGGCGGCAAGGAGCGACAGGGCAAGAAGGGCGUGGACAGGUUCAGCCCCGAGUACCGGCAGCGGCGGGAGCGCAACAACAUCGCCGUGCGCAAGAGCCGCGACAAGGCCAAGCGCCGCAACCAGGACAUGCAGCAGAAGCUGGUGGAGCUGUCGGCUGAGAACGAGCGGCUCCACAAGAAGAUCGAGCAGCUCACGCGGGACUUGAGCAGCCUGCGGCACUUCUUCAAGCAGCUGCCCAGCGCCUCUUUCCUGCAGGGCCCCUCGGCCACGGACUGCCGGUAACCGGCCGAGGAGGGGGAGCCGCGGGCCGCCGGGCCAGAGACUUUGAACUUCUUUCAAAAUACCUCACGGAGAGCCGCACAGAGCAGCGGGAGCUGCACGCGGAGGGAGGGAGAGGGGGGAGCGCGCGCGCCUCGGGGUGCAAAGGGCGCGCAACCGCGCUGCACGCCGAAAUCGUGCCCAAGGUGCGCAGAGAGGCGGCGACUCUUUGCUGUCAUGCCUGUUCUCCUCCCAGGGACACAGAAAGCAACAGGGGAAGUGGAAUAAGCUGCCUUUUGAACGGACUAAGCCUGUGUCUUUAAACCACCGAACUUGCCAAAAAAUAGUGAAAAAAAAGAAAAGCUGAAAUGUUGCCUUUUUCUCUUUUCCUAAAUUAUUUUUGUAAUGAUAUGGGUGGGGUUUUUUUCUACAUCUUACUCAUAUUGAUGCAGCUAUGGUACUUUGUAAGAAAUGAUUUUCAAACACUUUUUAUUGUAAGCAGCAAAAGGAAAAAAAUAAGACUGAGCAUGCUCAAAACUUUUAUAUCGAUUUUUACAUCGUUCCUAAAAAAUAAAAAAAACUUUGAAAUUUA